AGGUGGCGAUUCUAUAGCCAAAUUAAAUAUGGCAGAAUCAUGGGAUUGACGUGUGGUUAUGAAUUUACUUGCAAUGUUCAUAUUGUGGGAUUUUUAGUAGUCAUUGGUACAUAGGUAGUGUUUGUGGUAAUGAUUUAUGUAGAAUUUUUUAUUUUCGGUUUUCUCAAAUGAUAUUUAAAUACUGCUUACAUUACAAGUCCAAAAUUAGCCGAGAAUGCACGAUGCAUAUGAGCUCGCCCAGUUGCUUAAGUUAACAGUCCAGAUAGAAUCUAUUACAGCUUAUGAUGACAAUUUGCUGGUUGGAACACAUCAGGGCCACUUGUUAAUGUACAGUGUUGGAUGCCGUAAUGGGGAUCAGAAGCCUGACGUACAACUGUUACGCUAUAAUAAAAAUUUUAGCAAGAAACCAAUUCAGCAAUUGGCCGUUGUUCCAGAAUACCAACUUCUUAUUAGCUUGUCAGAUAAUGUUAUCUGUGUUCAUGACAUGACAAUAGUAAACUUCCCAACAGUAACAGUAGUUCAGCGAACUAGGGGUGCAACAUUAUUUACUUUGGACAUCAAGAAACAUACUUCACUGACAGGAGAGACAUCUGUGUUGGUGCGAAUGUGUGUGGCUGUGAAACGAAAGCUUCAGCUUUUCUAUUGGAAGAACAAUGGUUUCUUGGAUUUGCAUGAUGAUCUUACUGUAGCAGAUGUUCCACGUGCUCUGGCUUGGUGCCAAGAAACAAUCUGUGUUGGCUUCAAGGGUGACUACUGUCUGAUGCAGCUUUCUGGGCAACAGCAUGACCUAUUUCCAACAGGCAAGCACCCAGAACCUAGCAUCACUAAGCUAUCUGAUAACACAUUUGCACUUGGGAAAGAUACUCAGUCCAUAUUCAUGAACACCGAAGGUGACCCCAUACAGAAAUAUGCAGUCAGAUGGUCUGAGGUGCCACUUGCCAUUGCUUAUGAUGAGCCAUAUCUAUUGGCUUUGCUGGCUGACUGUGUUGAGAUCCGGACAGUAGAACCCUGCUUGUUCAUUCAGUCUGUGACAGUUCCAAAGCCAAGGCUGGUUGUUCGCUGUCGUCAGGGUCUGGUAUAUGUAGCAUCAGUAAGUCAUGUAUGGUGUCUGCAGGCAGUUCCGCUUGCACGACAGAUCCAUAUUCUUCUGGAAGACAAACAAUUCCAACUCGCACUAAAACUUACAAACAUAUCAGAUGAGUCAGAUGAGGAGAAGUCUAAGAACAUCUACCAGAUUCAAACUCUGUAUGCAUUCGACUUAUUCAACAACAAACAGUUUCAUGAAUCCAUGAAGGAGUUUUUGAAUCUAGGAACAGACCCAUAUGAAGUGAUCAGACUGUUUCCAGAGCUGCUGCCUCAGCAAUCUCGUGGACAUCAAGAGUUGGAGCAGCGCCCAAAAUUGCAGGACCGUGACCUGGAAAACGGCUUGCUGGCCCUUAUUGAAUUUCUUACUGAGGUACGACACAAGCCCAUGAAGGACACAAAGUUGAAUACAGAGAGCAGCCAGCAGAACAGCAUGACCCACAAGUCAACACAGCAGCUCCUGCAGAUCAUAGACACAACUCUGCUGAAAUGCUACUUGCAGACAAAUGAUGCUCUAGUUGCUCCUUUGCUGAGGCUAAAUCACUGUCAUCUGGGGGAGACCGAGAAGACACUGAAGAAACACCAGAAGUAUAGCGAACUUAUUAUUCUUUACCAAACCAAGGGGCUGCAUCGAAAGGCUUUAGAGCUGCUUCAGAAGCUGGCAGACCACCCUGACUCCUCUCUCCACGGAUAUGAGCGCACUCUGCAGUACCUUCAGCAUCUUGGAAAGGAUCACAUAAAUCUGAUGCUGGACUUCGCUGGUUGGGUUUUGGAGGCUAACCCUGAGGAGGGUCUCAAGAUGUUCACAGAGGACAUUGCUGAAGUAGAGCAACUGCCACGUCCAAAGGUGUUGGAUUACCUGCUGCGAACACAUAAGGAUCUUGUCAUCCCAUACCUGGAACAUGUAAUACAUGUAUGGGAGGAUUCAAACUCUAUCUUUCACAAUGCUCUUGUGCAUCAAUAUCGAGAACGCUAUCAGCAGCUCCUAGUGACUUCUUCCGAAGAAAGACAGAAGACACGUGCCAAAUUACUGCAGUUCUUGGAGACAUCUUCACACUACACUCCAGAGACUGUGUUUGUACACUUUCCAUAUGACUGCUUAUUUGAAGAAAGAGCCAUUGUGCUAGGGAAGCUUGGUCGACAUGAGCAAGCCCUAGCCAUAUACUUAAGCACCUUGGGAGAUGUGCCUCGUGCUAUACAGUACUGUGAUAAGGUGUACAGCCAAGGAAAAAAGAUGUUAAUAACCCCACCAAACAACAGCUGGCUUGUAAUUGGAACUCCCUCUUCGACAGUGCCUUGUCCACCACCAUCAGACCUUGAGACUGCACUCUCCCUCCUGGAAGAACAUGCCAGCAAGAUUCACCCUAUGAAGGCUCUCAGUGUUCUGCCUGACAGGGUACCACUGGGGCGAAUCAGACAGUUCCUUGAGGUUAGCCUGCAGAACAAGCUAAAUGAGCGCAGGCGGUCUCAGGUGUUGAAGGGACUGUUAUAUGCAGAGCAUUUGCAGGUGCAAGAGCUAAGAAUGAGUUAUGAAUCACAGAGCAUCCUCAUGACGGAAUUCAAUGUGUGUCCAGUUUGUAAGAAGAGAUUUGGAAACCAGAGUGCUUUUGCUCGCUAUCCCAAUGGUGACAUUGUGCAUUAUUCUUGUCAAGACAGGAGAUCGUAGCUUUGUAUUUGCUUUUGCUGAAUUUACCAAAGACUUUCAAAAGUGAUGAAUUAUUCUCAUGUGCUGAAUGCAGCAUUAAAAGCAUCAGCAUGGAAGUUGUAAUGGCCCUGAACGUAAUUUGUAAAGACAUACAAUGUCCAGUAUGGUUCAGAUGGACUAUUUGGAUUGUGAAGAAGAGGCAUUUGUGAUACUUUGGGUAAGCACUAAAAGAGCAUAGUGCACAAUCAUAGUCUUUGUAAAAGUUAAGUGAUUGAUUUCAAAAGUCUGUUUCAGAAAAUUGUCUGUCCUGUUUUAUAGGAUAUGUUGUGUAGCUGUGGCACAGAGAAACAGACAUCUUGAUAUAUAUGACAGAGCAGUCACCCACAUUUUCAAAUACCCACAAAGUGUAUUUACUCACAUAAUUUAUGCACCAAUACUUUCAGACAAGAUGUUUUGGGGGAGGAGAAAUAUGGAAGUCUUACCUUCAUAUCUUGACCCCAAAUUUUUUGUUAAGUAGCUAAGUAUGUAAGUAAUUAAUCAUGUAAUUUGUGCCUUCAUAUAAUGCUUGCUCCAUAAUUUAUAUACUAUUAGGCAGAAUAGACACAAGUUGAGGUUUCUGAAAUAACGGAUACAAGUGUUUGUGUUAUAAAGAUUGUUUCACAUUGUUUGUGACUACAUCUAUAUAUUCUUCCCACUUGACUUUAUUUUCUGUUCUUCCAAGCUAGCAGAAAGGGCUGUAUUGUAAUUUAAAUAUAUUCAGUCGACUGUUUGAAGACAAAGACGGGCACUGGUGAUGUAAAACAACAGAUUCUAGGUUAGUCUAAACAUCGACUCCCACCCCCCAUUUCUGACUAGGAAUACCUGCUGCUGUUGGACAGCGUCAGCAUAUAAUACUUUUACACAGGAGGGUUCUAAAUUAUACAGGAAAGUUUCCUUUUUACACACUUUUAUCAGUAUUGUGCAACUGUAAUUUUCUCAACCUCAAUUUUACAUGUAAAAUGAUACCCUAUUGAAAGUAGUGUUCACAUAUUUUAUGCAUCACAAGUUUCUGACAUGAACAUUUGGUUACAAGAGAGUGUAAAUUAUGUGAGUAAAUAUGUUAUUAUAUCAGUGUCUUCAAAGAAUUUGACAGAAGAAAUAUAUUCAUGUUACAGUGACUACCAACCUCCUCUCAGAAAAAAAUGUAUCUGUAUUUCUUGUAAGUACAUUCAGAUGUAAAGUACAGUGGAACCUCAAUAUAAUGCAGGUGUUGGAGGACAGCUUCAGUGCCCAUGUUAUAAGCUCUCUGUUGACAAGUCUAUGAUGAAAAUCAUGUAAUCGCUAUAUAACUGGGCGCAUAAUAUCAAGGUUCAUCUGUGCAGUCAACUUUUCCAUCUGAGUAAAUUUUAUUAUAAAAUAUAUAACGCAGUAUGCCUACAAUGGCUGGGGCUAGAGUUGUCAAAACAAUUUGUUUACAGAAAAUGCUUAUAAUGCUAAUGUUUCAUGUGGUUUCUUGGGUGCAGAACAAGAGAAUGAGAUACUACUAAAACAGAAUUCUUAGAAUCCUCAAAUAAGUUUAAAAUUUUUAUGCAGUAGACUUCUUUCACAAAAGAUAGUAAAUUCUAAACGUGUAAUAAAAGUUUCUCUGCUAUUUUCAGUGUCAAAUAUGUAUUGUGUUAUUUGGAGGGGGGAGGGGACAUUGUUAGGCAAAUAUUCCUUGUAACUGAUGAUACAGUGACUGAUUAAGGCAGGCUAGCAGGACAGUGGUGUUUGUUAUUUAUACUUUUAUAAAUAAUCUGCUAACUACAAUGUACUCUUCUGUCUCUUCUCCAUACACAUGAGUAUGCUAUGUACAGUUAAACUGAGUGACUGUGUCCUUACAUAUAUGUAUAUAAGAUAAAAAUACACCUCAGUUUAUAAUAUUUAAAGCUGAAA